UUGAAAAGCAAGUUUCACAGUUUAUUGGCACGAUCGAACACCUCGCCGAUCUUCUUAACCACGAAUAAGUUUGUUUGCUUUGGUCACCAUGGAGAUGCAAAGAAACAGACGCUUCAGAUGAAUUACCUCGUUGACGAGAAAACACUCGUGUACUUUCCAACGGUUGCUAGAUAUAAGAGAGAAGUCCAUUUCAAGGGGAUCUCCAAAUAUGACCAACCCGAUGGGUCGAAGACAUGGUUUGAGGAGUGGAACUACAACACUUCGGAGCAUGUGGGAACUCAUAUUGAUGCACCAGUUCACUUCGGGAAAAAUGGACCUGGAAAUCGAUGGUACAUCGAGGAUAUCCCGUUUGAACGAUUCAUUGGUCCCGCUGUAGUUGUUGAUGUGUCCGAUAAAGCAGACAUUGAUACAAAUGUGGAUUAUGGUGCAACGAUCGAAGACAUUCAGGAAUACGAACGUCUAUUUGGGACCAUACCAUCAGGUGCAAUUUUACUUAUUCACACAGGAUGGGGGAAAUACUGGGGCGACCAGGUUAAAUAUGCCGGAACUGACACCAGAGAUGAUAAAAAGGCCCAUUUCCCAUCAUUGUCCCCCGAAGCGGCUCAAUGGAUAGCUGACGAUGGACGCAUUGUCGGAGUCGGUGUGGAUACAUCCAGUUGUGACACGGGAGAUCGCUUAGAUACAGCAGCCCACGUGAACCUAUUUGAAAAGAACGUUUACUGUUUGGAAAAUGUGGCCAAUUUGAGGCAUUUGCCACAAAAGGGUGCUACCAUUUACGUCAUGCCAAUACCCAUCAAAGGAGGUAGUGGCGCCCCCUCUAGGGUGUAUGCUACAUGGGACGAUGGGCAAUCUUCUGCGGCAUGUACAUCCAAAGGUGUUCUAGCGCUAUUCCUUAUUGCGCUGAUAUUGGCAUAUAGAACUCAAUUUUUAUUUAUAUAA